UGUAGACCGACGGCUGUGAUGUGGUCUUUGGGACGAGACGCAUUUAAACAACACAUGUAUGUAUGUGUGGUGUGUGUGGCUACAUUGUUUGGUGCACACAGACAACGCCUCGUCAGCCAGACCCAACACACCCGCAUGUAUGUACUAGUGUGCAGAGAAAACAGCUCAUGCAGUGAAUGCAGAGAGCCGUAAGUAAGUCAAAUCACUGUCAGCCAAGCCAAGCCAAGCUAGAGUGGUACAAGCAGUCAGGGACCGACCAGCCAGGCCGCCAAUGAUCACCCGCCUCUUCCCCCCCGUCCCCUGCCCCUGCCUCUGCCCCUGCCGCGCGCUCUGCCCCGCCCAGGCCGCUCCUUCGGGGGCUUGUUCUUGGGCGCGUCGUCUAUCAACAGAGUGUCCAACGGUAGAGAAUCCUGGAUGGAUCAACCACACACAAGGGUACACGUGUCAUGUGUGUCGUUGCGAUGAUGUCUUGUGUCGGUUUCUUUGUGUGAAUGGGUGCGGUGCCUACGGGUAGGAUGAAGUAUCUGAUGUUGUUUCCCCUGAUGGUGAGGUGGUCCAUCGACACGGGGUUCUUCUGCUUGACCGUCAUCUUGACGUUCUUCAGAUGGGUGUUCAUCGAUAUGUCCACACCCAGCACCGUACCCUGCACCACCGUCCUGCAUGGGGAUAACGAACACAACACCACAACAUACCAACACAACAACAUUCAGCAAGACGAAUGCGUAAGUGUGUCUGUGCGGGAUAGAUGCGUGUGCGUGUGUGUCUACCCAUUCUUGAGUUCAAUGACGACGCUCUCAUUCGAGAGCUUCAUCAAGAAGCGCACCAGCUUCAUCGUGCCUCACGCCACAACCACCAGAUGCGGCACUCAACUCAAAGCCUCCUUGUGGAGGGAUUGCAACCAGAUCUGCCCUUGCAGGGCUCAGACCAGUGUGUGUGGAAGCCGUGAAGGUAGCUCUCGAGUCGCUUUCCCCUGAGAAAAAGAUGCGACCUCAGUU